UUGGGACACUGAUGCUUAAAUGGCCGGUCUCGUUGCACUUCCUGCACUCAACCCCCUCAGCGGAGCGCGGCUCGGGACACUCCUUAGACAUGUGACCCUCCUGCUUGCAGUUCUUGCAGGCGUAAGGGUUGACACGCUCCUUGGGGCAGUCGCGUGCGCGAUGGCCCUCUUCUUGACAGUAGACACACUGAACGGCUGGAGUAACAGACUCGCGCUCAGCCUGCUCUUCCUUGCAGUGCUAGUGUUGUAUGUCAGUCGAUGUGCCUACAUGGAUUGAAGUGUUUGCUUACCUUGCGAAUGUGUCCGAGCUCGCCACAGUUGCCACACAAGGGAACGCCAAUGUCUUGAACGAAUCCAGCAGAGGCAAGACGCUCAAGGUUCUGCUCCGGAGAUUCUGGCCAGCCCUGAGCCAUCUUGGCGCGACGAGGCUUUGGAGAAAGCUGAAAGGUGAGGACGUACUCGCGAGCAGGGUUGCCGAUCAAGUCGACAAUAGUCAUAUUGACGGCAAUCUCCUGCUGCUUUGCAACCAGGUAAAUAGGCAGACCGUCGUCGCGAAGUGCCACCUCCACGGCAUGAAGUUCGAAGUCGUCGACCACAGCACGAGCGUAGGCUCUCAAGCAAGUGCGGAACACGUCAAGGUCCUUCUCCUUGGCCGCAUCAAUCAGUUUGGCCCAGGCAUCUUCAGCAGUCAUCUCGGGCACACCAGUCCAGUCGACGAUGCGGCGGCCCUUGCACUCGAGAGCCUUGUGACCCUCCUCGUUGCAGAGCUUGCACUUCAUGGGGUUGGUAGGACAGUUGCGAGCUGAGUGACCUUCUUCGUUGCAGGCAUUGCAGGUACCGGUGAACGCGCGCUCGACCCUAGGGUUGGUGCAAUCGGCCUUGUUGUGACCUACCUCACCG